AACGCGCCGCGGCAGCCAUGUUGGACGCGGCCAGCACAGGGGCCGGCACCCAGGGGCUAUCGAAGCGGCUGUCACGAUGCUGGGGUUCCUGGUGUUGAGGAGAACAGCGCUGGCGCCGCGGCUCCUUCUCCAGCUGCUUAGGUCCCCAUCGCUCCGGAGUCACGGAAGUGCCUCCAGCCAGAGUGUGACCACCGCGGGCCGCGGGGAGCCGCAGUGGCUGAGGGCGGCCGUCGGGGGGCGCCCUGGAACAUCGUUGGCCUUCCUCCCCCGAGAAGGGGCAGCCACCUGGGGGCGCCAGGGAGGAUGCACCGAGACCCAGGGCCUCGUAGCCGCAACAUGGGGACGCCUUCCUAGCCCAGAAGAAACACUCCCGAGACAGGACAGCUGGAACGGGGUCCCCAGCAGGGCCGGACUGAGCAUGUGGGCCCUGGCCACGGCGCUGGUGGUUCACUGUUACAGCAAGAGCCCGUCCAACAAGGAUGCAGCCCUGAUGGAAGCUGCUCGCACCAACAAUGUCCAAGAAGUCAGCAGGCUCUUGUCGGAAGGUGCAGAUGUUAAUGCAAGGCACAGGCUUGGCUGGACAGCACUCAUGGUGGCAGCCAUCAGCCGAAAUGACAGUGUGGUGCAGAUCCUGCUUGCUGCUGGUGCUGACCCAAACCUUGGGGAUGAUUUCAGCAGUGUUUAUAAGACUGCCAAGGAGCAGGGAAUCCAUUCUUUGGAAGUCCUGGUCACCCGAGAGGAUGACUUCAACAACCGGCUGAACAACCGUGCCAGCUUCAAGGGCUGCACAGCCCUGCACUAUGCUGUCCUUGCUGAUGACUACCGCACUGUCAAGGAGCUACUUGAUGGAGGAGCCAACCCCCUGCAGAGGAAUGAAAUGGGACACACACCCUUGGAUUAUGCCCGAGAAGGGGAGGUGAUGAAGCUUCUGAGGACUUCUGAGGCAAAGUACCAGGAGAAGCAACGGAAGCGUGAGGCGGAGGAGCGGCGCCGCUUUCCCCUGGAGCAGCGGCUGAAGGAGCACAUCAUUGGCCAGGAGAGUGCCAUCGCCACAGUGGGUGCUGCGAUCCGGAGGAAGGAGAAUGGCUGGUACGAUGAAGAACACCCUCUGGUCUUCCUCUUUUUGGGAUCAUCUGGAAUAGGAAAAACAGAGCUGGCCAAGCAGACAGCCAAAUAUAUGCACAAAGAUGCCAAAAAGGGCUUCAUCAGGCUGGACAUGUCUGAGUUUCAAGAGCGGCAUGAGGUGGCCAAGUUUAUUGGAUCCCCACCAGGCUACAUUGGCCACGAGGAGGGUGGCCAGCUGACCAAGAAGCUGAAGCAGUGUCCCAAUGCUGUGGUGCUCUUCGACGAGGUGGACAAGGCCCAUCCAGAUGUGCUCACCAUCAUGCUGCAGCUGUUUGAUGAGGGCCGACUGACGGAUGGAAAAGGGAAGACCAUCGACUGCAAGGAUGCCAUCUUCAUCAUGACCUCCAAUGUGGCCAGUGACGAGAUCGCACAGCACGCACUGCAGCUGAGGCAAGAGGCUUUGGAGAUGAACCGUAACCGUAUCGCCGAAAACCUUGGGGAUGUCCAGAUUAAUGACAAGAUAACCAUCUCAAAGAACUUCAAGGAGAAUGUGAUACGCCCCAUCCUGAAAGCUCACUUCCGGAGGGAUGAGUUUCUGGGAAGAAUCAACGAGAUUGUCUACUUCCUCCCCUUCUGCCACUCAGAGCUCAUCCAACUUGUCAACAAGGAACUGAACUUCUGGGCCAAGAGAGCCAAGCAAAGGCACAACAUCACACUGCUCUGGGACCGCGAGGUGGCAGACGUGUUGGUCGACGGCUACAAUGUGCACUAUGGUGCCCGCUCCAUCAAGCAUGAGGUCGAGCGCCGUGUGGUGAACCAGCUGGCAGCCGCCUAUGAACAAGACCUGCUGCCGGGGGGCUGUACUCUGCGCAUCACUGUGGAGGACUCAGACAAACAGCUGCUCAAGAGCCCCGAACUGCCCUCACCCCCGGCUGAGAAACGUCCACCCAAGCUGCGGCUGGAGAUCAUCGACAAGGACAGCAAGACCCGCAAACUGGACAUCCGGGCCCCACUACACCCUGAGAAGGUGGCAGAGGCUCUGUUGUUUUGCUUUAGUAAAGAAACCAUAUCAGGAACAGUACAAUUGGAGUCAUCACCUGUCUUAACCUUUCAAUAACCCACUGCCAUUCUCCAAACACCUUCUGACUUCUGCAUGAGCCAGACAGGUGAGUUAAGAGGGUAAGUAACAGCAGUCGCCACCUCUGAAUUUUCAGGUCUUUGAUGGGUGUCUGAGUCUUACAUUUCCCCCAGCAAUGCAGUAUUGGUUUUUGUUUAUAAUUUUGAUAGGAAGUAAGCUGUAGGGCUUCCCCUUAGCCCUUUCAACCAUAAUAGCCAUAUUCCAUGGAUUAGAGUGACAUAUUCUGCCACUUGCUGAAUAUGCCUAAUCUAACUAUCCACUAUGGAACUACAAAAAUCAUGGGUUUAAAAAUGGGCUUGAGGACAGGACCGGCAGUGAGGUAGAUUAGAAUCAAAAGUCAGUUUUUCACUUGACUCCAUAAGCCUCCACUCUGAGUGGGGGAUCACGGUGCCAACUA